GGCUGUCUAAAGCCAGUGUUAUAAUUUCUCUACCAACGACAAGAAUGUCUCGAUUGAAAGGAAUACUUUCACUUCUGUGCCUUCUUCUCGCCACCUGGCAAGUCGAGUGCGCUUGUGGUGGAAUGGAGGGUUUUGAGUGCGUGGUCCGUUCAAGGUGCAAUCUUGAUUUGGGUUUUGGAACUCUGGAGGCCUCCAGCAUGGGAUGCGCUGCCACGGAGAUCUGCUGUCUAGAUUCUCUAAUAAUCAUCAAUACAGUUGGGCAAGUCGAUGAGGUAUCAAAUACCGAUUGUGGACGACGUAACUCAUAUGGAGAAUCAACUGGAUUUGCCCAGGAGGCCGAAAUCCCUUGGAUGGUGGCUUUGCUUAGAUCAAAUCUCAGCUAUAUGGCCGGUGGCGCCCUGAUUGCCGAUAACGUGGUUAUCACCGCCGCCCAAGUACUCGGAAACCUAAGUGAAAGCGAUCUGAUUGUCCGGGCUGGCGAAUGGGAUUUCAAAACGACCUCCGAGACCUAUGGCCAUGUAGACGUUGGCAUCCGGAAGAUUGUGCGUCAUCCUGAUGUGGAUCUUUCUAACGGGGCUAACAAUUUGGCCAUCCUAUUUCUUAAGGAUCGGAUCAAACUGGCCAAGAACAUUAAUCCCAUUUGCUUGCCAAACGAAAAACAGUAUCCUGACUUUCGUGAGUGCAUCUUUACUGGCUGGGGACCCAACAUGGAUCUCAUGAGGAAGGUGGAGUUGCCGGUGGAGCCAAACGAUGUGUGUGAACGAAAAAUGGGCAAUUUUUAUGGUCUUGACUUCCACAACAGUCUGAUGUGCGCCGGCGGGGAGGAGGUCAAUAAUUUCUGUCAAGGCGUCGGAGGAUCCCCGCUGGCCUGUCCGAUGUUGAGCGAUCCUACCCGCUAUGAACUGGCCGGGGUUAUGAACUUCGGCGUUGGAUGCGGAGAAAGGGGUUAUCCCAUUGUUUACACAAGUAUUGCAAAGCUUAAAAGCUGGAUUAUACAGGAGGGCUAUAACAAUUUCAUCCAGUGGAAACCACCGAACCAAAUCAAUUUUAACGAUCAGCAAAGAGGGGUCAAUUCAAACAAUCCUCAAUUCAUUUAUGGAAUCAAUAAUUAUGAAGUCCAAUGGGGUGUCUUUUCCCCUCCUACACGCCUUCCAUGGACAAUCCCGAGUUCCCGAAUGAUGCCGACGCCCUAAUAACAUCAAGAAGGGAAGCUAGCUUUGGCAAGCCGACUUUAUCAUAUAACCGACAUAUCGAUAAUAUGGAAAAUUAAUAAAAAAAAAAGUCAUAGCUUCGAUGCUGCUUAGCCUUCAUGUA